CGCGCUCUUUCUGACAACCGACACCGACACCCGCCGAUGAUCCCGGAGCCUCAGCUCGACGCCGCUCACGCGUGGAUUUCCCGCGAACCGGAGACUCGCGCGCGGACCGCUGCCGAUCAUGCCGUGAUGGUGCCGCGCUCGCGGACGCGUCACGCGUGUUUGUGAAUGAGGUAGAUGAAGAUGAUGAAGAUGAUGAUGGUGAGGAGCGGGACUCUUAUCAGACUCACCGUGCUCGUGUUUAUCGCCGGUUCGAGCGGGAUGCCGCACGUGCUCAGAUUCGGUGGUAUAUUUGAGUCAAUAGAGAGCGGGCCGUCAGGACCAGAGGAACUGGCCUUUAAAUUUGCACUGAACACCAUUAACAGAAACCGAACGCUUCUGCCCAACACAACCCUUACGUACGACAUCCAGAGAAUCAACGUCUUCGACAGUUUUGAGGCCUCCAGGAAAGCCUGCGAGCAGCUCUCCCUGGGCGUGGCAGCGAUCUUUGGCCCCUCCCACAGCACGUCAGCCAAUGCGGUGCAGUCGAUCUCUAACGCCCUGGGCGUCCCUCACAUUCAGACGCGCUGGAAGCAUCAGGUGUCUGACAACAGAGAUGCAUAUUACGUCAGUCUGUACCCGGAUUUCUCCUCCCUCAGUCGUGCCAUACUGGAUCUAGUGCACUUCUUCAGAUGGAGGAUGGUCACUGUGGUGUAUGAUGACAGCACCGGUCUGAUCCGUCUGCAGGAGCUCAUUAAAGCUCCGUCCAGAUACAACUUCCGGCUGAAGAUCCGACAGCUCUCCGCCGACACCAAGGACGCCAAACCGCUGCUUAAAGAGAUGAAGAAAUCCAAAGAGUUCCACGUUAUCUUCGACUGCAGUCAUGAGAUGGCCGCAUGGAUCCUCAAACAGGCUCUAUCAAUGGGAAUGGUGACUGAAUACUACCAUUACAUCUUUACCACACUGGAUCUGUUUGCUCUGGAUAUGGAGCCGUAUCGGUUCAGUGGAGUGAAUAUGACUGGAUUCCGUAUCCUGAACACGGAGAGCGCACAGGUGUCGUCCAUCAUCGAGAAAUGGUCCAUGGAGCGACUGCAGGCGUCACCCAAACCCGACUCAGGCAUGCUGGACGGCUUCAUGACGACGGACGCAGCUCUCAUGUAUGAUGCGAUUCACGUGGUCGCAGUUGCUGUUCAACAGUCGCCGCAGAUCACCGUCAGCUCACUGCAGUGUAACAGACACAAACCCUGGCGCUUCGGAGGACGUUUUAUCAACCUGAUUAAAGAGGCUUCAUGGGACGGACUGACGGGACGAAUUCUGUUCAACAAAACUAACGGCCUGAGAACAGAUUUUGACCUGGACGUGAUCAGUCUGAAAGAGAACGGACUCGAGAAGAUCGGGACGUGGGAUCCUCCUCGUGGCCUGAACAUGACAGAGAAUCACAAGAGCAAAAUCACCAACAUUACAGACUCACUGUCCAAUAAAUCACUGCGAGUGUCCACCAUACUGGAGGAGCCGUACGUUAUGUUUAAGAAGUCAGAUAAACCUCUGUACGGUAACGACCGCUUUGAAGGGUUCUGUGUGGAUCUGCUUCGGGAACUCUCCGGAAUCCUGGGGUUUCAUUACGAGAUCCGAUUAGUGGAGGACGGGAAGUACGGCGCGUUUGAGGAGAGCUUGGGCCAGUGGAACGGCAUGGUGCGCGAGCUCAUGGAUCAUAAAGCAGACCUGGCCGUGGCCCCGUUGACCAUCACGUAUGCCAGAGAGAAGGUGAUUGACUUCUCCAAACCCUACAUGACGCUGGGAAUCAGCAUCCUGUACCGCAAACCCAACGGCACCAACCCCGGCGUGUUCUCCUUCCUCAACCCUCUCUCUCCUGAUAUCUGGAUGUAUAUUCUGCUGGCCUGCUUGGGUGUCAGUUGUGUGCUGUUUGUCAUAGCCAGGUUCAGUCCAUAUGAGUGGUAUAACCCUCACCCCUGUAACCCCGACUCAGACGUGGUGGAGAAUAACUUCACGCUGCUCAACAGCUUCUGGUUUGGUGUUGGAGCACUCAUGCGGCAGGGUUCGGAGCUCAUGCCUAAAGCUCUCUCCACGAGGAUCGUUGGAGGAAUCUGGUGGUUUUUCACUCUCAUUAUUAUUUCAUCAUACACGGCAAACCUCGCCGCCUUCCUAACCGUAGAGCGGAUGGAGUCGCCCAUCGAUUCAGCUGAUGAUCUGGCAAAACAAACCAAGAUCCUGUAUGGUGUGGUGGAGGAUGGCGCUACCAUGACUUUCUUUAAGAAAACGAAGAUCUCGACGUAUGAUAAGAUGUGGGAGUUUAUGAACAGCCGUCGACAGUCAGUGAUGGUGAAGAGCGUUGAGGAGGGAAUCCAUCGAGUGCUCACGUCUGAUUACGCCUUCCUGAUGGAGUCCACCGCCAUCGAGUUCGUCACCCAGCGAAACUGUAACCUCACGCAGAUCGGAGGACUCAUCGACUCGAAGGCGUACGGCGUGGGAACUCCCAUGGGCUCUCCAUAUCGAGACAAGAUCACCAUCGCCAUCCUGCAGCUCCAGGAGGAGGGGAAGCUGCACAUGAUGAAGGAGAAGUGGUGGAGAGGAAACGGCUGUCCGGAGGAGGAGAGUAAAGAGGCCAGCGCGCUCGGCGUGCAGAACAUCGGAGGGAUCUUCAUCGUUCUCGCUGCCGGUCUGGUGCUGUCCGUGUUCGUCGCUGUCGGGGAGGUGCUGUACAAAUCCAAACAAAACGCUCAGAUAGAGAAGCGUUCAUUCUGCAGCGCGAUGGUUGAGGAGCUCAGAGUGUCUUUGAAAUGCCAACGACGACGGCAACAGAAACCACAGCCCCCCGCCAUUGUCAAAACGGAGGAGGUUAUAAGCAUGCAUACCUUUAACGACAGGAGACUCCCAGGGAAAGAGACGAUGGCGUAAAACGCCCACUGGGGUGGCGCUAGAGAGGCCAGGACAGGAUCUAUCCCAUAAUGCCUCUAAAUCCCGCUGGACUCCUGUAACGCUCGUCCAAGCGACGGACUCAAACAUGUUUCCUGUGGAAAUCCGGAUAUGCGAGCGAGACACAUCUGUCACAGAGCAGCAGCAGUUUAUUAGCUGAUAUCUCGAGUCCCAAACCACAGAGACGUGUGCAGCGAAUUUCACACGCACACAUAAAACAUUUGUCUCUCUGUCCUGCUGGACAUUUAAAUGUAAAGAAACAUCACACAAUAAAUAAUGUUUUAAUUUUACUUUACACUUUAGUUUUUUGGUCAAAGACGUGUAGGAUGCUUUUGUUCCGUGAAACAGGAAGUAAAUGUUUGAAAUGUUUUUUGAAGCCCACUUCAUUCAGGAGAAAUAAUCAUAUUCUGCCUUUAUCGCUGUCUUCAAGAAAAGUCCAUUUCCAGUGAUUCUGUUUCCACUUCUCUGAUUGGUGGAUCUCUCAUCAGGAUUGUGGGUAGUGUAGUUCUGCACCAUGAAUUUGGCAAUUAAACACAAGAUCUUAAAAAACAAGUUGAAAUCAUACUCAUGUGGCUAAUAUAUGAUCAAUUACAAUUUAAUUAUGACCAAUUACAAUUAGUUAUUGCCACAAUUUCAGUAAUUGGCCCCACCAACAAAAAACUAAUUUCCCAUCAGUAAUUACCAGUGUUGGGUGUAAUUGGAUUACAAAGUAAUUACUCAAUGUACUCUAAUUACUUUUUAAGUCAAAAAGUAGUGUAACAAUUUAAAUUAUUGUAAUGAGAUUACAGUUAAUGACCUUAAAAUAAGUUACUUUUCAGUACAUAGGUUACACCAGUGUUGGGUGUAAUUGGAUUACAAAGUAAUUACUCAAUGUACUCUAAUUACUUUUUAAGUCAAAAAGUAGUGUAACAAUUUCAAUUAUUGUAAUGAGAUUACAGUUAAUGACUUUAAAAUAAGUUACUUUUCAGUACAUUACUUAGGUUACACCAGUGUUGGGUGUAAUUGGAUUACAGAUUAAUUAGUUACUGUAAUCAAAUUACUUUUAGUAGUGUAACAUAUUACAUUUUUUCAUUAUUGUAAUCAGAUUACAGUUACUGACUUUCAAUGAAAGUAAUUACUUUUAAGUACAUUACUUGGGUUACAAAUAUUUCUAAAAAAUAUUAUUUAUGUAUAAUACAGUUAAAAUAUGAAUGUAUAUGUUCAUAUGUACGUCUGUUUGCAUUUCUGUGACUGUUAAGGGUUGUGCAACAAUGAACAAGGAGAAAAUAGACAUUAUUUUGAAUUUGUUGAGUGGAAAAACAAAACAAAUUGUGACAAGUGUUUUAGAAAGUAACUUAAAAGUAAAUUAGUAAUGUAAUUACUUUUUCAAUGAAGUAAUAAGUAAAGUAAUCUGAUUAUAAUUUUACAGAAGUAUUUAGUAAUUUGUAGUGGAUUACUUUUUUAGUAAUUUACCCAAACCUGGGUUACACAUAUUUCUAAAAUAAUUACUUUUAAGUACAUUACUUGGGUUACAAAUAUUUCAAAAAUAAUAUUUAUGUCAAAUACAUUUGAAACAUGAAUUAUUUUCACAUGUACGUGUUUUUGUUUCUGUGACAGCUUAAGGGACAACAAAAGUAAACAAGUAGGAAAUAUAGACAACAUUUUGAAUUUGUUGAGCAGAAAAACAAUUCUGUAAAAUUUGUUUUAGAAAGUAGCAAAAGUAAAAUAAUUAGUAAUGUGAUUACGUUUUCGAUUAAGUAAUCAGUAAAGUAAUCUGAUUCCAAUUUUAAGUUAUUAGUAAUUUGUAGUGGAUUACUAUUGAGUAACUUACUCAACACUGGUUAUUACGACAUUGCAUUGAUGUUUAUAUGCGCUUAUUUCAUACAAACGAUCAUUCCGACAUGACUACUAACUUGAAGGCAGCAGUAAAAACAAUGAAAUAAUGUCUCUCAGUUGUAUGUUGCGAGUUUAAACUGUGUGAAUUUUAUGUUGCAGCCGAGAUGAACAUUUCAUGUCAUUAACGACUCAAGCCAAAGUUCUGUCGUUUAGAUAAACUUCAACUUUUCUAGAAAGCCUUUCUACUAGCGUCCAUUCAGUCUCUCACAGGCAACUUAACUUUCUUUGUCAUUCAACAGAGAUUUAUAACAUGAAAAAAGCAGUUUUUGUACAGACAAAUUUUGUAGUAAAUCUUUAUAUUGGUGUGUCUUGAGCUAAUGUAGGUUAAACUGGCAGUCAGACAAUACCACAUUAGAUGCCCCAGAUUUAUGCACGCUACAUGUCAGUCAAUCAAACUGAGAGCAAACAAUGUCUCUCUGUCUCUAGAAAUCAUCUUUAUUGUUUUAUAAGCAUAUUUUCUGUUUCUGUGUGUUAAUGCUUGUGUUCUAUCCGAAGGUGGGAUGUCUCUGUAUAAUGUAUCGAGCAGUCACAAGAUUUCUCCAAACCGCGUGUAAUCUACAGAAAAGAACCACGAUCAAACAGCAUUGGGUGGAGAACUAUUCAAAGCUCAACUUGUAAUAAAAAAGAGA